AUGGCGUGGAGCGAUGCCGAGAACGAGAGGUUCGAGCGCGCGCUGGCCACGUACGGCCGCGACACGGCCGGCCUCUGGGAGCGCGUGGCGGCGGCGGUCGGCGGCGGCAAGACGGCCGACGACGUCAGGCGCCACUACGACCUGCUGACGCAGGACAUCGGCGACAUCGAGUCCGGGCGCUACGGUUACCCCAACGGCGGCGCCAACGGCAACACCAACCGCAACAACGGCAGGAACAGGGCCAACCGGCCCCAGACAUGA